AUGUCGGGCAACAACGUGCCAGCGCCAGCGCCAGCGCCCGAGGCAACGCUGCCCGAGGCCACGAUGCCCAAAGUAUCGGCUACGGCUACCACGCCCCACCCGCGGCGGGCGGGCGUCUCGGCGGCGGGCGUGUGGGCCGGGCUCGCGCGGUUCUGGGACGCGGUGGGCGCCGUGCGCGAUCACAAACUCGAGCCCACCCCGCCCCCGCCCCCGCCGCUCCCCGCCUCACCCACGUCCCCCACGUCCCCCAGAAUGGCCCUCUUCAACCCCUUUGCGCGCUCGCCCCCAGCGACACCACUAUCGCCUGUCCCGCCCGUCGUCGACGCAAGCGGAACGCCCGCGUCCCCCUCUCCCGAGGCGCCAGACCCGGCGCCAGAACAAUCAACACAACACAUCGAGGCGCCGCUGCCGCUGCCGGCCGACACGCUCCCCCCGUUCCACGCGCACGUCUCCCUCCCCUGCGCCGCCUUGCUCGAGCAGCACCGCGACGACGCGCUUCCAGCGCUGUUGGGCGACAUUGCCGCCGUGCAAGAGCUCUGCGUGAGGGCGCGGCGCGGCGCCCCGGGGGGAGAGUAUGGCGCGUUUGGCACCGGGAGCGGGCAUCAGGCUGAACUGCGUAACCUCGAACGCACCGCCCGCUCCCUCGUGCACCUCUCGGCUGGCGUGGAGAUGCAACUGCGCAUGCUCCGUGGCCUGCCGCCAUGCAUCGCGGCGUUGAGCGAGGCGGAGGGGGAAGACGAUGUGGUUGAGGGCGGGACUGACGUUGUCGACGGAGGGGAGGUGGUUGAGGCGCACAGUGUCGCCGAGGACGGCGCUGAGGGCGGAGCGCCCGACGCAGCCGGAGCCGUCCCCGCCCCUGCCGCGCUCGGUGCGGACGAGACGGCGCCCCUGCCUCACGAUGUGGAUGAUGGUCACCAGCCCCAGCGCGUCGAAGCCUCCUUGCCGACCGCCGUCGAUGUCCCCGCAGCCACGAGCCCCGCGACUGUGACUGUCUCUGUCGCCAGCCCGGCCGAAGCACCGACCGCCACACCGACCAGCAGCACUGCCGCUUAG